AUGCGGAUGCGCCUUGUCGCUCCACUCUCGCUUGGAACUCUAUUUGCUGCACUCAAAUGUCGUCGAGAUGGGAAAAUCCAGGAUUCUGUGCAAGCUAUCACAAUGCUCAACCAAAAUAAAAACACUAAGGCAGCCAUGGAGUAUCUCGAACGAACAAAACCGGACGUCGAACUGUGCAUCAUGAAUACGCAAGCUCGAUUUCGUCUUGCAUUGCGUGGUAGCUCUUUAUGUAAGAGAACUGCGACAACAUCAGCUAAAAAAUCCAUUAAGUCAGUAGGAAUGUUGGAAGAUGCUAUAAAACGGCUUGUUAUUGAUGAUGAAUGGGAAGAAACCGUGAAAUGGUUAAUUCCACAUAUAUAUGAUGAAGACGAUCCUUCAUCUUAUAAAUACUUCCUGAAAAGACGGCGAUCUCAAGAUCAGCGUUUGAACCGUCUUCUUUCUCAGCUUGUUGUCAAAACUGAGAUUGGAUAUGGAAGAGAACUUAUCAAUCAAGACAUUCUUACACUACUGUUGCAACUUUGCAUUCACUAUCGAGAAACAAAUCGUAACAUUUGUUUGAACGUAUUGAAAAUAUUGGCAAACAUUGUCGCGCAGAAUGAAUACUGUGCAACUGCAGUUGCAAAUUCAGAAUGGUUUCCAGUGCUUGCAUCUAUGGCUUCGUCACAGGUUUUUGAAGAAGUUCUAAUGACUGAGAAGAUCUGCAAUAAUGGUUUGAGUGUUUUUGAUAGCACUAGAAAGCCAUUGAAAACUAAUGUUUAUGAGCUUUUUCGCCCAGAUGAUGACCAACCACCGAUAAUUGACUUGGUGCUAAUACAUGGUAUCCGUGGUAGCGUUUUUUGGACCUGGCGAGAAAAAGAUAAUCCUUCAAAGACACCACGCACCCGAUGCUGGCCAAGAUCAUGGCUUCCGCAAGAUGUUCCUAUUCCAAUGAGAAUACUUGCCAUCGAUUACCUAUCCUCGCUUGUGCAUUUUGUAGGAGUUGUUGAAACAGUGAGCACAAGAGCUCAAAAAUUUGCGGUGGAACUCAAAACUGCUGGUGUUGGUGAUCGACCAGUUCUAUUUAUUUGCCAUAGUAUGGGCGGCUUAUUGGUGAAACGAAUUUUAUUGGAUGACCCAGAAAUACGUCGCAGCACGAUGGGGAUAUUGUUUAUGGCAACGCCGCACCGAGGCAGUCCUUAUGCAAUGUAUGCACCGUUGGGCGUUCGGCCAUCUGAUGAUGUGAAACUUUUGCAUCAGCAGAGUGCAAUAAAUAGACAGCUUCACCAAGAUUUUCUUAAAAUUAUUGACACAGUACCCGUGAUAAGUUCAGUGGCAGAAACAGAGAAAGCAUCACUUAUCAUGCAUCAGAAAGGCGUAUUAGUACCCCCAGAAAGUGCGUACUUGGAACGCGGUACACCACAAUAUUUGUAA